AGUAUGGUACCAAUGGGUUUCACAAUAGCCAGAUUCUUAAAAAGUAAAUCUCCCUAAAACCCAUUCCAUUUAGUUAGUAACAACAAGCAUUUUGUCUACAUUCUCACCAGCUGCACGGGUUCCCUAGUUUCUGUGGCGCUUACUUAAGCUUCUUAAAGCGUUUCCCAGCAGUUUCCCCCAGCAUUCACUGUGUGUACCUAGAAUCCUUUCGUCACUAAUGACUGUUGCUUCACCACGCCACGGUCUCGGAAGUGGAAGGAUCGGCUGGAGUAGUGUCGGGCGUUGUCAACCAGACCGUCACGCUGCCCGCAGAGGAUGCUUGUGGGUGAGCCAAUGAGACAAAAAACACCCCAGCGAGCAGGAGCUGAUGUCUGUCGUCUGGAUCCCUUUUUCAUCCUUUCGGGUGCGUCGUGCAAACGACGCUGUUCUGCUGGUUUUUUGUUUGCAUAGCGUCGUCUGGCUGCGUAUGCUCGAUGAUGGCGACGAUGGUGGUGCUGGUGAAGGUACUACUCCAUAUAAAGUUUAAUACCUCAUCCGUUUCUUCUCCGCUCCAACCAACAGGAGCACCACACGACUGUCGCGAGCUGUCCCAAAUCUGGCUUCGGUUCGUCUUCGGCGGUUUUCGUGUUCCGUUUUCGUGUCAGCAUCAGCAUCUGACGUGGCAAACCCUCCACCGACUAAUGCCAAGGAAAGCUAAGUCCUUCCCUCUUGCCUCGCUUUACACUGCCUUGCCCUUUAACCGUGCACUACCACCUUCGGGCUGCACUGGAUCGGGCGUUCGGGUCUCUUUGUGUGCACAACGUGUGCAUUCGCCUGCCACCAACAUCGUCCUGCGUGGUCCUUUCCAGUCACAACUCAUCUCCCCUGCAGCACCCCGUUGGGCUCUUGAUGGUGGGGGGGUUGCUCUCAUUCAGAAGCGACAUGAAACGGAAUCCCCGUAGCAGGAUCGGUACGCCCAUGUAUUGGGUUUCUCCGCCACUUCGUUCGCGUGGUUUGCGAAUGCGUAGGGCAGCACUUGUUUCUUCUUAGUUUUAGCACUCGGGCGUGAUGGGACCUGGGUCUUGGGUUUACUAACACAGCACGGCGAACGAAUACCGUUCUGCCGAACUAGCAAUGCGCGCGGGGUUGCAUUAUUAAACUAGUUGUGUUGUCUCGACGGCACAGGGCACACACAUCCUGAGCGACUGGAGUGCGAGGAUAGACAUCUUCCCCCGGCUGUGCUUUGUACUUUCCUGCUCCUUUUUCGCGCAGGACACACGAGACAAAGAGGAACCUGUGUUACCAGUGCAGAAUCCUUGCACGAAGCGCUUAGGAGAAGAGGGACCGUUAGUGUGGCAGUUUUUUCCCGGAAUCACUUCAAAGCUGCUAUGGUGUGCAAUAACGACCAACGGUGCUAGUUUUUUUUUGAGACUUUUAGGAAGGAUUUUGAAACCCAAACUCAGGAAAUAGGAAACCCACCACCAGCAAGUGUUUUCACGUCUUCAGUUUUCUGUCUCAGGGAUAGCUAGCAGUGUGUGCCUUCUUUGUGUCCACUGUGGAUUUUAUAAGGUGACCAUCAGUGCUCCUACGAAAACCACGGACUGUCUCAAAACUCAUCGCCCAAGCUAAUCAUAUCCAUCAAAGUUAUCCGAGCGCGCCUCAAGAUGAAUCGUUACCAUCCCAGCCAUUAUUCCCAUCAUAACCAUCAUCAUCAUUACCAUCAUCAUCAUCACCAUCACCAUGGAAACGGAUCUCGCGGGACGCAUCAACAGCAGCUUCAGUACUACCAACAGCAGCAGCAGCAACCCCAGUAUCUUCAUUACCAGGAACAGUAUCACAGCCAACGUAGCUACGAUGUCUACAGCCGACGAGCGCAGCAGCAGCAGCAGAAAUCGUGCAUCAUUCCGGAUGAUGAGAUCUCACGAAAACUACCAAAGGAAAUUCUGCUUCGCAUUUUAUCAUACCUUGAUGUAACCUCGCUUUGCCGCUGUGGACAGGUUUCUCGAUAUUGGAAUAUUCUCGCACUGGACGGCUCCAACUGGCAAAAGAUAGAUCUGUUCGAUUUUCAACGAGACAUUGAGGGUCCAGUGAUCGAAAACAUCUCACAGCGCUGUGGCGGCUUUCUGAAGUAUCUGCGAUUGCGGGGCUGCCAGUCGGUCGGCAGCCACUCGAUCCGUACCCUUGCCAACUACUGCCAUAACAUCGAGCAUCUCGAUCUGUCCGAGUGCAAGAAGAUCAGCGACGUUGCCAUACAGCAGCUCAGCAAGAACUGCGCCAAGCUGACCGCGAUCAAUUUGGAGUCGUGCUCGCAAAUAUCCGACAGCAGCCUUAAGGCACUCUCCGACGGGUGUCCGAAUUUGUCCGAAAUCAAUGUAUCCUGGUGCAAUCUAAUCACGGAGAAUGGCGUCGAAGCGCUCGCUAGGGGAUGCAACAAGAUCAAAAAGUUCAGCAGUAAAGGAUGCAAGCAGGUGAACGAUAGGGCUGUUAUCGCGCUUGCACUGUACUGUCCCGGGAUCGAGGUUUUAAAUCUACAUAGUUGUGAUAGCAUAACGGAUGCAUCGAUAUCGAAGAUUGCAGAAAAAUGCUGCAACCUGAAGCAGCUGUGCGUGUCCAAGUGUACCGAGCUUACCGAUCAGUCCCUCACUGCCCUAGCGAUGAAUAAUCAGUACCUCAACACGCUCGAGGUCGCCGGAUGUGCACAAUUCACCGAUAGUGGCUUCAUCGCGCUGGCAAAGAACUGUAAAUACUUGGAGCGCAUGGAUCUGGAAGAGUGUAGUCUGAUCACCGAUGCCACUUUGCAGAACCUGGCAUUGGGAUGUCCUAGUCUGGAGAAGCUGACUUUAUCACACUGCGAGCUGAUAACGGACGAAGGCAUCCGGCAGCUGGCCGGCGGUGGCUGUGCCGCUGAAAGCCUUUCCGUCCUGGAGCUUGACAACUGUCCACUGAUCACUGACGCAACGCUAGAGCAUCUAAUAUCCUGUCACAAUCUGCAACGGAUAGAGCUGUACGACUGCCAACUCAUUUCACGCAAUGCAAUCCGUCGUUUAAGGAAUCAUCUUCCCAACAUAAAGGUUCACGCUUACUUUGCACCGGUUACGCCGCCACCAACAAUAAACGGUCCGCGCCCUAGGUACUGCCGGUGUUGCGAGAUUCUCUGAGAUCAGGCGAUUGGCUUAGCCAGAAAAGUGCUCUGUAGGAGUAGAGACGACUGAUAUUUAUACUUGUAACCGUAGCAUACACCUUUCGGAUUUGAUAGAACACCCCAGGGGGCUGGUAGGAGGGUCUAUCGCAUUGUCGUUUGUGCACCACAAACGCUGGAGGCAUCGUGCGAAUCAAGAACCUUUCGUUAAGGGCAGCUAUGGGGCACACUAGCCUCCAAAUACUGGCUGCUAGGCCUGGACUGAAAACUACAUACAUACAUACAAACACACACACACACAUACAUACACACGAAAACUGCAUUCGCUUUGCAUGCACGGUGCAGUGCACCAGUCGCUAAUUUGAUGUCUCUGUGCCAGUGUGGUGUCAAGAAGAGCGAAACGGAACAACAUUCUACAAGAAGCUGGAUCACAUCCCACGUGUAAUGUUCGUAAACAGCUUAAUGCAUGCUUUAGUCGCCUUGUGUGUGUGCGGGUGUGGGUGGGUGUAUGUGUAAGCAUUACUUAGAACAUGUUAGCGUAACACGAAAUGGGCCCUAAACAAACGACGCCGCCGGUGGUAGGAAAGUACGACAAACCGACAACAAAACACACAGAAUAUCACACCAAAAAGUAACAGCUUAUUCUACGUCGAAGUUGUGGAAACGGGGGGAUAGAGGGGGGAGGGUGGAUUCAGAGACACCGGAAGAUACCAAAAGAACGGGGUUGGAACGGCAAAAAAAAACACAAAACAACCACACUAACGACAAACACACAAACUCUGUCACAUGUGUUCAGCAAAGCAUAAGUAUGGUGUGAGAUCAGCAAAAGUAUCAUACACACAUAACGUAGCAUAACGAAUCGACGUAUCGUGCAAUCAUUUGUACAUUGAACCAUUGUAGAUGCGGGAGCAUGCGGAUGGCGGUAACAAUAACAACAACAACAACAACAUACCCCCUCCAAAAAUACCCCCCAACACUUGUAGCAGUUCGAAUACUUAAACAUACCGCCGAUGCACCGCAGGAAAGGUAGGAAAGUGCACACGCGUACGCAUCGAUAUACAUUUUAUGGAAUGAAAUCAUCUACUACACUACUAAAACAAUACUUUAAGUGUAUGCGUAUGUGUUUGAAAGACUUGCAACUAAAAAGGAAACAUAGUAUGCAACUGUUUAGAUAAACAUAACAGCCAGAAACGAGGGGGAGGGGGAGAGGCGGAAGAAGCAACAACUGGUGUACUAAUAAUGCUCACGAGCACUAUCUACAUUAAGCAUCAUUACACUGUGUAGCACAUAAGCUUUUGUACUAGGUGUGUUUGUAAUGUGCAGGAGAUAGCCGGAAUUAGAAGAGAGUGAAAGAAGAGAGAGGGAGAGAAAGAGCGCAUUGCAACCAGAAUUCAUAUUUUUCAUACAAAACUGCAGGAAUGGUAAAAAGAGAAGUGAAUAGAAAAAAACAAGCAAAAAAUUGACCGGAUGUGAUGGCUGACAAUGGAACAAGUACACACACACAGGGAUGAUAGGAAAUAUGUUUUACCCGAGUACGAUGCUAGCAGAUUGUGAUAAACAAGCCCAAAAGAAAUGAGUGGGUGGGCGCUUUAUGGUUAAAAUCUUUAAUUUUCUUCCAAUAUUACUCGCUUUCGUCCUUGUUUUAAUACUGUAAAUCCGCACAAAAUGUAGCUAUGUUUUCAUACUAUAGCAUCUACCCAACAACUACUACUGGAUUUAAUUGCUACUACUUCCAACACGGACCUCUGCUUCAUCGUACUCUUAUUCAUUUUUCCCUAUCGUGUAUGUGUGUGUGUGUUGUAUACUGGACGGGUGUGUGAAUGUAAUGUGUGAUUGUGUUGUACAUGCGCGUGAGCUUUAGAGAAUGUGAUCUGGUAAGAGGUAAUAAUGAGAGGAAAGAGGACGAGAGUUGCAGGAUCGGUUUUUGGUAAUGACUGCGGCCGGUUCGCAGCAUAGCAUAGAAGGGUUAGGUCUCUUCGGAAAGGGAAGCACGAAUGAAAGGAUUGCUGGGCAGCGUUUUGGAUCGUUUCUUGCAUCUUAUCCCGAGUCAUCAUAAUCAUCAUUAUCAUCAUCAAUACUGUAGCAGUAGCAGUUUUUACACACUGAACAAAAUAAUUCAAAGAGGCCAGACACAGGCAGGGGCAGAUGAUCCGAUAGACCGGACCGGAGCUAGGGCGUGAUGAUGAUAGGCAGCGAUUAUAUUUGAUUGUGAUCUUUACAUAAGCAUAUUUUAUACAUUAUACAUACACUCGCGAGUAGCAUGGGAAUGGAACUGUGGUCACAGUGGGCACACUUGGGUAAGCCAGAAGGGUGAAAAAGCUAAGGUAGCCGAUAUCCCUUAAAUACGAAUACAACUACACAACUACACACACACACUAAUGGAGAGGGGUUGGAUUUAUUUUUCGAAGGAAGAGAAUGGCUUAACAUCAAUUUAUGUAUGAAAAAUGUUUGCGAACCCCUACAGACCUCGGUUCUAAUCAAAACAAACAGUGUAUUCAGCAGUUGGUACCGGUGGUUGAAUUGCAUUUUUUUUUUCACUGUUGAUUAGUUCGUCCCGUGCUUUGUGUGCUUUGUGUUUCUCCACCCUCAUUGAGAUUGUAAGCUCCGGUUGGGUAUAUUUGUUUUUAGUUUUAUAUGAAAAAGUUAAAGCAAAACGACCCGUUGAACAAAAGAGUAGCUGUUAAGAGCUGUGUGCGCAUGUGUUUGUGUAUAUGUUUGUCAAGUAAGAAUAUACUUAUUCGUAUACGUUUUUUGUAUGGAUUCAAUUUCCCAAAAGAAGAGACUCAAAUUCGGAAAUACAACACCUUGUCAUUGCAACAAUAACAUCUACCCCAUAAACACACGAACACGCAAACAUUAAUUUCGCCCAGUAAGGAAACGAUGGAAUGUGUGUGUGUGGGAAUCUAGGAUCAGGAACAACAUCCAGUACUGGGUAGAGAUCGCGCGCACGCGUGUAGGCAAGCGAAAAUAUGGUUUAAAUAAAACAAACGAAAAUGAAAUAAA